GCUUUGCUCUGUUAUAUAUUUAGUUUAAAAAUAUACAGUUUUAUCUCGCAAAGUGAUAAGGCAUGAAUUUGAUAAAAACAUAUCGGGAAACUUUAGGCAAACCGACCAUUGAUAGUUAGCAUGUACGUAUCAUACAUACAUGCAUGUCGGCAACUAAUUCUGACUCAGUUUGGCGACAGCUGGAUGCUGACGAAUGUUUGUUGCAUUCAAGUUGGAUAAAAGCGAAUUGAUGACAAAAAGGAUAAUCUGGAGAGACCGCAAAUUGCCUGUAACUUAUUUGUUACUCGCGUAACAAUGCGAGUAACUUUCCCAUUUUGCUUACUGAAUCAUUAUUAAUCCGCGAGUAUAUAUUAAAAUGCUCGGUAAAAGUCCAAGCGGAGAUGAUGCAUGCGUGACGCAACGCAGAUAAACGCAGCACCACUGCACACACAAUGCGAAAAUCAAAACACACUGAUAGGUAUGUGUGUCGUCCACAAUGGCUGGUGGAGUGGGACAAAUUCGGUCUACAUAUUCGGAUUCUGUCCGCUUGUAAAAUAAUACUCUAAUUAAUUGUUAAGUCAUCUUAUGACGGGCACAGCGGCACGUGUAGUGCGGAAUACUCUCGGAAGCCUCUAGUGCGUAUCAGUGCGUAUUUGCGCGGCGAAUACAUGAAGUCACGAUAAUUUGCAGGCAUAACUUUGGGAAUUGUCUGCCGCAGCCGGUUUUGAUCAAACGGCUUGGAGAAAUGACUGACGUAAAGGCAAGUGGGCAGGAUGUUCCUGAGAAAGCAGGAUAUCCCGGCGCGAGCAAAGGUCAUACGAACAAUAUUGCGGGAGGAUUUAAUGCCAUCGUGAUUGAAGCAUUGAGCAAUGAAUCACAUGAGGCAUUGAUAAAGGGACAUGGAAGAGAGGGGCCGAAUCUCGAUAAACGUUACAUAAAACGGAUAAUAAUGUUGUUCCUCUUCGGUCUCAUCGCGGCCUCAUUGUUCCUUAAUCUCGGUCUUCCGUUGUUAUACAAGCUCACAAAUCCAUUGCGCACCACUGUGAACAGUUAUAAUACAGAAGUGAAAUUUAUAAUUAAUGUAAACAACGGCAGGAUCGAGGAGACGAGGUAUCAGCACAUAUUAGUGGAUACUCCCGAUAUUUACAUCGAACAAGAAACAUAUGACAGCAAAAUAGUGCCAUUGACGAAGGAAAGUAAUACUCCUGGAGAAAAUGCUAUUUUUGGCAAUACUCAAACAGAUACUCCCGAUAUGUACAUCGAACAAGAAACAACAGCGCCAUUAAAGGAAGAAGAGAGCGCAUCUGGAGACAAUGCAAUUUUUAACAAUGCUCAGUUAAUGAAUACUCUUGGUAUCCAUUGGUAUCCUUGGUACGUCGAACAAGAUUAUGUCAAAAUAGUGCCAUUAAAGGAAGAAAGUAACGAGAAAAAUGGAGCAAGAAUAGAAAACGCAACUUUUAACAAUGCUCAACAGUGCCUCAAUGUUCCUGAAAUAUCGCGCUUUGACUGUCAUCCGGAGAAUGGAGCGUCGCAACUCUCCUGUGCAGACAGAGGGUGUUGCUGGAAUCCUAUUGAGAGGAACAAAAACGAGACGAAUACGCCGCUGAAUAUUCCUUAUUGUUACUACCCGGACGGAUGGGCUCUGUAUAAAUACAUUAACCACACCCAGGAUGACAGCAACUUCUCGGGCUUUCUCAGCCGAGAGAAGGAAUCUGUGUACAAGAAGAAUGUGCCUCUCGUGAAGAUAGAAGCCUCAAGCAUAGACAGCUCAAUUCUGCGUGUGAAGAUAUAUGAUCCCAUGAACUCACGGUAUGAACCGCCAUGGCCAAUUAGAUCGGAUCCGAAGCCAUUUUUAUACCAAGUUGCUAACACGAAAUAUCAAUUUAGUAGCCAUGAUGUAAAGCCGGGCUUUAAGGUCAACAGAACCAGUGAUAACACAACAAUAUUUAAUUCCAUUGGGAUUGGAGGCUUCAUAUUUGCCGACCAGUUUUUACAAAUAAGCUCACUGCUGCCAACGAGCAACAUUUACGGCAUUGGCGAGCAUAGAUCGAGCUUAAAAUUGAACACUAAUUGGCAGAUGUUCACUCUAUUCAAUAAAGAUCAACCGCCAACGGAAAACGCGAAUUUGUAUGGAUCUCAUCCGUUUUACAUCAUUAUGGAGGAAUCUGGAAUGGCUCAUGGAGUUUUAUUUCUAAACAGUAACGCCAUGGAUGUGAUACUGCAGCCUACACCGGCUAUAACGUUCAGGACGAUCGGCGGUAUUUUCGAUAUCUAUUUUUUCCUGGGGCCGACUCCAGCCGAUGUGGUGAAACAAUAUUCCGAAAUCGUAGGCAAACCGUUCAUGCCACCCUACUGGUCGCUCGGUUUCCAUUUAUGCAGAUUUGGCUAUGGAUCGCUGGAAAAUACUAAAGCAGUAUGGAACAGAACGAGAGCGGCUGGAAUCCCAUUUGACACUCAGUGGAAUGAUCUGGAUUAUAUGGACAAAAAUAAUGAUUUCACAUAUAAUAAACAGAAAUUCAGAGAUUUGCCUGAGUUUGUGGAAGAAAUUCACUCGGCAGGAAUGCAUUAUAUUCCCUUAAUAGACGCCGGCAUAUCUGCUUCCGAAGGUAAAGAUUCUUAUCUGCCUUACGACGAAGGAAUGAAACAAGAUAUAUUCGUGAAGGACGGUAUGUCCGACAAACCUUUCGUCGGCAAAGUCUGGAAUCUCGUUUCCACGGUAUGGCCCGAUUUCACCAAUCCUAAAACCAUGAUCUACUACGAAAAUAUGAUGGCCGAUAUGCACAGCAGUUUCGCAUACGAUGGCGCAUGGAUUGAUAUGAACGAACCGUCCAAUUUCUACAAUGGUCACAAGAACGGCUGUGUACACAAUAAUCUAGAUUAUCCUGCCUAUCUGCCCAAUGUCGUCGGCAAUUUGCUCGCUACGAAAACCCUUUGCAUGAAUGCGAAACAUUAUUUGGGCGCUCAUUAUGAUCUUCACAAUACUUAUGGGACGAGCCAAGCGAUUACAACGAAUUAUGCCCUUAGGAAGAUUCGAAACAAGAGACCGUUUAUAAUAUCGCGUUCAACCUGGGUGGGACACGGCCAUUACGCGGGUCAUUGGACGGGUGACGUUUAUUCAUCAUGGCAUGAUCUGAAGAUGAGUAUUCCAGCAAUCUUGUCGUCCAAUUUCUAUCAAAUCCCAAUGGUGGGCGCGGAUAUCUGCGGUUUCGACGGAAACACAACCGCUGCGUUGUGCAAUCGCUGGAUGCAGCUUGGGGCCUUCUAUCCGUUUUCUCGAAAUCAUAAUUCCGACGAUACAAUUGAGCAAGAUCCAGUUGCUUUGGGCGACUUGGUUGUACGGUCGUCAAAAAAUUCUCUCGAGGCACGCUAUCGAUUGUUACCGUAUUUGUACACCCUAUUCUUCCGAGCACAUAAAUUUGGGGAAACCGUGGCACGGCCGUUAUUCUUCGAAUUUCCCGAUGACCGGAAUACUUACGACAUUGAUACGCAAUUUCUUUGGGGAAAUGCGCUUAUGAUCGCUCCAGUUCUCGAAGAGAACAAAACUGAGAUAGAUGUUUACUUACCGAACCAUCAGUGUUGGUACGAUUAUUAUACCUUUGCACCCGCAGUCUGCUCUGAUGGCUCUCAUUAUACCUUACCUGCACCGAUUGACAAAAUACCAUUAUUGAUUCGUUCAGGCGCGAUAAUUCCAGCACAGAAACCGGGUGUAACGACGACAGAGAGCAGAAAGAACGUGUUUGAAUUAAUAGUAGCGUUGGACUCAAAUGAAGAUGCCAAAGGAGAACUGUAUUGGGACGAUGGUGAUAGCUUAGAUUCCAUAAAAAACAAAGAAUAUUUAUGGCUGUCUUUCUUCGCAAACAAAUCUAAUUUGUGGAAUGUGGAACUGGAGAAAGGCUCUUUUGAUGAAGAGAUAAUUCUUGGAAACGUACAGAUUUUGGGAUUACGAUACGCGAGAAUUAAUAAACUGUUUCUAAAUAACAAACUAAUAGGAUUUACAUAUGACAUUGUAUCAAACGUCCUACGUUUAGAUAUCACUGACUUACACGUGGACAUGAGAAAACCGUUCGUAUUCUUCUGGUAUUGAAUUUAAUGCCUCAUAUAAUCCUCCUGGAUAACCCUGGAUGAUCCUAAUAAUACUAUUGAUUAAACGUGAAUUUUCUAUCGCGGUAUGUAAAUCUCAUGAUUUCUAACAAUUAGUGUGAUGUAUGUAUAUAUGUUUUUUAUAUUUUAUUUUAAGUUGAUAUAUGUAUAUGUUUCUAAUUCAGUUAUACGAAUAACGUGUGAAAAAAAUACAAUUUUAAUCAUUGUUUAUAUAAUAAAUAUUUUAUACAUAUAUA